AUGUCAAAGAGCAGCACUAGCUCUAGUAGCAUCAACAUCAAUGUUAGUUUGUUUGGCGCUGACUCAGCUACAAAUAUUAGCAUAGACAGAGAGGGUCACAAGAUGGCGACAGUCAGUGUGUCUACAGCUGUCCCAGCGGUGUCGGCAGCGGCAGCAGCAGCAGCAGCUAACAAGGAAUCAGGAAAACAGCAGCAAGAAAAGCGCACAAAACAACUAAAUCAAGAAGAACAUCAAGAAGAACAUCAAGAACAAAGCCAGAAUUUUCAACAACAUCAUGUUUCGGUUCCCGAAGAGUCAAAAAUAAAGACCAAGACAGAUCCCACUGAAGUAUCCACCACUACCAAGUCCUCCUCCUCUCCAACCACUGUUCUUGAACAAAUCAUCAUUCCACCUCGACCGCGAAAGCGGAGAACUAAGACCGGGUGUCUUACUUGUCGUCAGCGACGUAUCAAGUGCGACGAAGGAAAACCAGUUUGUCGAAACUGCAUCAAGGCCCGGCGUGCUUGUGCUGGAUAUGGGCAAGUUCUGCCCUCUGAAAAGACAUUUGUGACCGUCUCGCGGCCGGACCGCAAGACACGCUGGCAGUCGUCUAAAAAAGAGUGUUGUAAUGAACUCGAGCAUUCAAAAAAGAAGCACAAAGUGGCUCGGAAUCAACCCGAAGGUCCAUCAACGUCACAUCUAUCAUCGUCACAUAAUAUCAACUCAGUAGGUACUAUGGUCGAUGUUCAAACCCCGGAAGAGGCACCCUUUGAACCGAGACAUUCUAAAUCGGUUACACCAACCUCUCCGGUAACACAUUUACCUCCUGGUUUACCCGUUCCACCAGUUUACAAAAUUUCUCUGGUUCCGGAAAAUAUCACUCAUAAUACCUCCAAAUGGACCGAACAGUGGGCCACUCAACUGACAGACCCUGAAAUUCAUCUUUUAUUUCGACUUUAUAUUGAAAGUGUUGCUCAUUAUAUUGACGGAGUUCCCCGUUACGACCACCCUACAGACUCAAGCAACUUCUUUUUUGAUUUUUCAAAAACAAAGCCAGGUUCUUCAUUUAACCUUUACGCAAAAUGGAAUAAUCAAUCAUCCAGGUCUUUUAAACACCCGAGUGAAGAGGUCUUGGAUCGUCGUGGGUUUGAAAAUAUCUGGAGCUAUGAUAUUCCACUACUCUCCCAGUAUUACCCACACGUUUUCUACUCCAUGCUGGCCACAUCAGCAUUAUACUAUUCGAAAAUUUGUCCCAAUGAGUCUUCCAGUCACUUUGCAUAUCGUGCAUUGGACCUUUAUCAGCAAGGCGUUAGUGCCCUCCGUGAGGAUCUAUUAUUACUAAGGCCGCCAGAUAGCAUAGCGGCUCUCGCUACUUGUUUUUUGCUCGCAACCUACGAGUCCAUAGAUGGAAAUGUCAAGCGCUGGUCGCGUCACCUCUUGGGCGCACGAGACAUUAUUCGAGCUCUUGACGUUGGGGCGUUGGCUGCUAAGGCAGAGUCUGUUUUCAUUCGCAUGGAACAGACUAAUAACUACAAUAAUUUUGGGUCAGAACCCAUAAAUCUGUCAUCAGCAGAAAUUAUGGCUGUCCAAGUGGUUGAUUUACUGUGGGCUUUUCAAGAAAUGGAAAUGGCGCAGAGCGCUGUGAGUAGUUGUCCGCCGGCGUUUCCGUUGGAAUUUUAUGAGCAGAUCCCCCGCCGACGCGCUAGCAACCCACGCAUCACCAUAAUAGACGACUUUUUUCGUUUGUUUGGGCGCGUAUGUGCAUUUGCGUCCAAGGAUUCUGCGCGUAAGGAAACGCCCAAACUUAAGAGAAUGAAGAGCGUGUCACCCUCAACUAAUGCAGCUAAUGAACUUGCAGAUGCGGUGAGCGAAUGGCUAGGCCUUCAACGCGAUUUAAAAGCCUUUGAAAGUCGAUACCAACGUUAUUUAGAGCCACUGCCAAUAGAUUAUAAUUCAUCUUCCUCGGCUUCUUUUGACUAUUCGACUGGUAAGGUUCCCCUAGAAAAUACACCGUUUGGACCUGCUCUCAAGUACCGAACAAGCUAUGAUGUUUACCUGGUCAUCUACAUAAAUUUCAUGUGGAUCAUGCUAUCACGACACAAUCCUACAAUCCCAGAGUUUGGCUUUGCUGCUGUGAAACGUGCAGCAACGGAUGCCGCCCCUUAUGCUUUACGGUUACUUCGAAGCUUGCCCAGCUCUGAGCUUGCGCUGGAGUAUGUUCCCAAGUGGACACCAGAUGGCAAAACAGAAGGGUGGAGUGAGGAAUUAUUAAGACAAUUACCUGCAUACUCUGUAUUUGGGCGGUUUGUGGACAUGAAUAAUGGAGAACGAGAGUACUUUUUUGAAGGCCAGUUGCGUCGAAUGUUUACAGACAUGAUGAUGCCUGUAUUUUUUGCAGCGGUGCAACUAGUAAACCCUAACCAACAAGCCGCAGUGAUCAAGUGGCUUUCUGCCACAACCGAGCUCACACAAACAUGGUCCUGUCAUCAAAUUGUCCGAGGUGUGAAAUAUGCGUGGAGAAUGAAUUCAAGUGAUUUUGGUACUGUAGGUAAUGAUGAUUUGGAUAGUGAAUCCAAGAACGCAUACAGUAGCGAGGAUGAAGAUGAUGAUGAAAAUGAAAAUGAAGAUGAUAUCUCAGAUGAAAUUCUUUGGGAAACAGUUCGCACUGCUUGUAGAGUUAAACAAGCCAAAGGGAUUUUUUAA